AUGCGGCGCAUUGUUUGCAUUGCUACCUGUUCAAACCCGAUAGAGGGGGUCAAGACCGGCUUUAGGGAUUGGAAGCACAAAAAGACAUUGAAAGAUUAUGUCGAUCUCUUUGAUAGUUCUCAUAAUCAUGCUUUUGCAAAGUGUACCAACUUGAUGAAUCAAAAGCAAAGUAUCUCUUACGUUAUUUCUAGCCAAAGUAGUAGUCAACAACAAAGUUAUAGGACCAGGUUGAAUGCGGUGCUAGAUUGUACUAGACUCCUCUUGAUGCAAGGAUUGUCAUUUCGUGGUCAUGAUGAAUUGAAAGAGUCUCUUAAUAGAGGAAAUCUAAUUAAGUUAUUGAACUGGUAUGCAGUUCGUUGUAAGGAAAUUAAAGAAGUAUUAUUUAGUAAUGCUCCUGAAAAUGAUCAAAUGACUUCACCAACCAUCCAAAAGGAUUUGGUUAAUUGUUGUGCCGUAAAGACGACAAGGGCUAUUAUCAAUGAGAUUGGUGAUUCUUUGUUUUCAAUUUUAGUUGAUGAGGCUCGUGAUAAUUCUGUGAAAGAACAAAUGGCAGUUGUUUUAAGGUUUGUUGAUAAAAGUGGGCGAGUAAAGGAACAUUUUUUGGGUAUGUCCCAUGUCACUAAUACUUGUGCCCAAUCACUGAAGGAUGCCAUUGAUGCAAUGUUUUCUACACAUGGGUUGAGUAUAUAUAGUCUGAGAGGUCAAGGCUAUGAUGAAGCAAGUGAUAUGUCAUGUGAGUUCAAUGGGUUGAAAGCUUUAAUUCUUAGAGAGAACCCACAUGCUAUGUAUGUUCAUUACUUCGCUCACCAGCUUCAGUUGGCAAUUGUAUCUGUGGCAUGUAGGAAUUGUAUGGUUGGUGAUUUUUUGGACAUACUUGCUAUUAUUGUGAAUUUGGCUAGUGCAUCAUAUAAACGUGUAGAUGUUCUUCAAACAAGUUAUCAAGCUAAUAUUCUGGAGAAGCUUAAUACUGGGGAACUUACUGGUGGAAGUGAUCAGUUUCAAGAAAUGAGUUUGGCACGCCCAGGUAAUACUAGGAAGGGCUCACAUUUAUUGACAGUUACUCGUUUCAUUAAUAUGGUUAAUGCUAUUAUAGAUGUUCGUGAGAAUAUAUCAGAAGAUGUAGUACAUUCAGAUCAAAAAUCUUCGGCCUUAAGGCAGAUGAACAAUAUGCAAGAUUUUGAGUUUGUGUUCAGUCUUCACUUUAUGUUUGAAAUUCUUGUAAUUACAGACGACCUUUCACAAGCCUUACAGAAAAAGGAUCGGGAUAUUCAGAAUGCUAUGAGGUUAUUGAAUUUGUGUAAGUAUGCAUUGCAGAACUUGAGAGAGAAUGGUUGGGAUACUUUGUUCAGUAGGGUGUUUGAAUUUUGUGUUGAUAGACAUAUUUUAGUGCCUAAUAUGGAGGAUAUUAUAGUAGUGAAAGGUCGACCUAGGCGUGUAGCUUAG